AGACUAUGAAAAAAUCGAACACAUGUUUACAAAAAACAGGAAAAAGAGCUAUUUCAAGGAAGCACGUUGCAUGGUGAGAGCUAUAAAAGGCAGAAGGAAGAAGAGAAUGAUACAGAAGUAGCAUUUUGCAUCUCACAGCGUUUUUAGGUCCCAAAGAAAGAGAGAGAGAGAGGAAACAAAGAAAGGGAGGAACAACACCAACCAACACCAACACAACCGCCGGCUAACGUCGUACGUUACAUGGCCACUCGUGUUAUUCCACCAAGAAUCCUAAGGAAUCUCCGAUACAACACAGCCACAAAACCACUCAAAGCCCCACCAACUCCUCUCUCCCCGACUCUCUCUCCUUCUCCCUGCCUCCCACCCCCGACCUCCGCCGUCCUCCGCCCAGCCGCCACCGCUGAUCUUAACUUUCACGACGUCGAGAAGCUCUUCUCCCACGUUCGCAGCCCCGCGCUCCUCCGCUCCGCCGCCGUCCUCCACGCCACAGCCAUCGAGCCCUUUGUCGACUUUGGCACCUGGCUCCUGCAAUCCAACCUCGUGCAAGUGCCUGGCCUCCGUGAACUCAUCCUCGCCACCGUACGCUCCACCUUCUACGACCACUUCUGCGCCGGAGAAGACGCCCCCACCGCCGCUUCCAAGAUCCGUGCCCUCAACCACGCCGGCCUCCGUGGCAUGCUCGUUUACGGCGUCGAGGACGCCCUCGACAAUGACGCCUGUGACCGCAACUUCAGAGGGUUUCUCCGCACCAUCGACGUCAGCCGAUCUCUUCCCCCUUCUUCGGUGAGCUUUGUGAUCGUGAAAAUCACCGCAAUAUGUCCAAUGAGUCUUCUGGAAAGAAUGAGCGACUUGCUUAGAUGGCAGCACAAGGAUCCUUCUUUCAGUUUGCCAUGGAAGCAAGAUUGCUUCCCCAUUUUCUCCGAGUCAAGCCCUUUGUACCACACAAGGCAAAAACCAGAGUCUCUCACCCCAGAGGAAGAGAGGGACCUUGAACUUGCCAUUCAAAGAUUCCGCGAGCUUUGCGAAAGGUGUACACAAGCCAACAUUCCAUUAUUGGUUGAUGCUGAACACACUUCUGUUCAACCUGCUAUCGACUACUUCACCUACUCCUCUGCCAUCUUGAACAACAAAGAUGAUAACGCCAUUGUAUAUGGCACCAUUCAGACCUACCUGAAGGAUGCCAAAGAGAGGAUGCUUCUGACAGCAAAGGCUGCAGAGAAGAUGGGAAUCCCAAUGGGGUUCAAAUUAGUGAGGGGUGCUUAUAUGUCAAGCGAAACAAAAUUGGCUGAGUCUUUAGGUUAUCAAUCCCCAAUUCACGACACCAUCGAUGACACACACAAGUGCUUCAAUGAAUGCUCAUCUUUCAUGCUUGAGAAGAUUGCUAAUGGCCCAGGUGGAGUUGUUCUUGCAACUCACAAUGUUGAGUCAGGGAAACUGGCAGCUGCAAAAGCUCAUGAGCUGGGAAUUGGAAAGGUGAACCACAAGCUUGAAUUUGCGCAGCUGCAUGGCAUGUCUGAGGCCCUUUCCUUUGGUCUGAGCAAUGCAGGGUUUCAAGUGAGCAAGUAUAUGCCAUUUGGACCUGUGGAAACUGUUAUGCCAUAUCUCCUGAGAAGGGCCGAAGAGAAUAGAGGAAUGUUGGCUGCAUCGGGCUUUGACAGGCAAUUGAUGAGGAAGGAGCUGGGAAGGAGGCUAAAAGCUGCUGUUUUUUAAUUUCAAUUAGUUGGGACGAAUUUUCGGGAUGUUUAAUGUGUUGAUUUUAGGCAAUAGGAUUUGCUAUAUUUGUGUACAAAUUAGACAAUCCUGUUAACCUUUUUCUUUUUCAAAUGUUACUUCAUUCAAAUCAAUGAAAAGUACAUUCAAUUUUUAUCUCUA